AUGCCGCGCAUUUGUCUGCUUGCGCUAAUCGGCCUGCCGGGCGCUGGCAAGACACGCCUUAGCAACUGGCUGCUGGAUCAACCCACAUCUCUUACCGGCUGGAAUGUGUUGCAUCUGUGCUACGAUGACCAUUUUAACAUAGAAUUUAAAAACAACACAGACUAUAAAACGCAGCGCAAGUUAAUACACAAUUUGUUGACACAGCUCAUUGCGGCACUUCAAGCGGGCGCCACUGAGUUGCCUGCCAAGGUGCGAGGUGCAACUACAACAGCCAUUGGCAACAACAACAACUUUCUAAUUGUUUGUGAUGAUAAUCAUUAUUAUCGCAGCAUGCGCUAUAAGCUUUAUCAGUUGUGUCGCAGCCAAAACUGCCUGUAUGCACAGAUUCAUGUGGCCAGCAGCCUGGACGCAUGUCUCCAGGGAAAUGAGUCACGUGGCUCGGAUGGCGUGCCGCCAGCUGUCAUACGCCAAAUGCAAACGCGUCUCGAGCCGCCCAGUGAGACAGACACCGGCUGGGAGAGGCUAAGCCUAACACUAACCAGCACAGACUAUGCUGCGGCAGCGCAAACCAUCAACGGGUUUAUUCAAUCCUUACUCGAGAGCCAACUGGUUGGCACGCCUUUAGCGAGCGUGAAACAGCCGCAGGUGCAAUCGCUGGUACAUCAGCUGGACCUGCAGCUGCGGGCGCGCAUUCAGAUCCGAAUGGAUGCCAUCAAAGAACAUCAACAGAAACGAAUCAGGAGCCACGCUUUGAACGAACAACGCAAACAGAUUUUGGCUAAAUUUCGUCUUGAUAUGCGCAACAGGCAGACAGACUUUUCUAAUCUUGACUUGGAAUACUAUGUUAAUUUGUUAAGCUAGUCUAAAGGAAAAUAAGCUUUAACUGUUCAUAUGGACAUAUUUACAUAAUUUCUACAGUGUUGUACAUUAAACAAAAAGAAAACAAAUCAAUCUGAAACAUAUUCUAAAAACUA